GAGAGAGAGCGAGACAGGGAGAGGGGGGUAGCGGACUUUACCGUCGUGGACCGCGGCUGCAUGUCUCCUCUCCUCACAUCGGCCAGGGUUUCCGCUUCCUGUGACAUCAUCACACCAUGCCUGAAGGGUCGGGGCGGGGCCACCAGAGAUCGCCAAGCAACACAGCUGCCAAGCGUCCCUCCUCGGUCUCCUCUCUAAGUGGAAUUGUGGGAAGGAUGAUGUCAUCAGGCGGGGAGAAGGGGAGAGGCUCCUCCUCGUCCUGCACCUCUGUCAACACGGUCUGCUCCGACGGGGAGCGCCCAGCCUCCCUCUCUCUCUCCUCCUCCGCCUCCUCCGUCUCCCUACAGGAUGCCCCGCACUCUUCCUCCUCCUCCUCCUCUUCCUCUUCCUCCUCCUCAUUGCCGUAUGGUGCCAUGCCCACGUACAGCGCCUCCUCUUCUUCGCCCAAGAGGAAUGGCUCGGACAUCAGCCUGGACCUCACCCCUCUUGCCCUGCCCGGGGGAGGAAGGGCUCAGGCGGGAGGAGGCGGAAUCUGUUUGACGAAAGGACGUGUAGCCCCUCCCACAGCGGAGGCCACGCCAAGGUCGCUGUCCAGGCUGGAGCGGGUGGUGCUGGAGAUCGUAGAAACUGAACAGGCAUACGUUAGAGACCUGAAGAGUAUAGUGGAGGACUAUCUAGGCUGUAUCAUAGAUUGUGGGUCUUUGCCGUUGAGACCUGAGCAGGUCAGCACUCUCUUCUGUAACAUAGAGGACAUCUACGAGUUUAACAGUGAUCUCUUGGAGGACCUGGAGAGGAGUCAUCAUGCAGCGGCCAUCGCUGAAUGUUUUGUAGAGAGGAGUGAAGCCUUUGACAUCUAUACACUCUACUGCAUGAACUACCCUAAUUCAGUAGCGGUGCUCAGGGACUGUAUGAAAAGCGAGUGUCUGGUUCGUUUCUUCCAGGAGAGACAAACCACCCUGAACCACUGCUUACCGCUGGAGACCUACCUGCUGAAACCCGUCCAGAGAAUCCUCAAAUACCACCUGCUACUACAGGAACUUUCCAAGCACUUCGAUAAAAGUGACCCCGGAUACCAGGUCAUCGAGGAUGCCAUCAUCACCAUGACGGCUGUCGCCUGGUACAUCAAUGACAUGAAGCGAAAGCAAGAGCAUGCAGUGAGGCUGCAGGAAAUAGAGUCCCUGUUAGAGAACUGGACUGGUCCGGACCUGAGCGGUUUCGGGGAGCUGGUUCUUGAAGGUUCCUUCAGAGUCCACCGGGUGAAGAAGGAGAGAGCGUUCUUCCUGUUUGAUCGGAUGCUGUUGAUCGCCAAGAAGAGGCUGGAGCGGUUUGUCUACAACACACACAUAUUUUGCUGUAAUCUGUUGUUAGUGGAGACCAUGAAAGACCCGCUGUGUUUCAAAGUGUCUGACCAGACUAUCCCCAAACAGCAGCACGUAGUCCAGACCAAGAACCAAGAAGAGAAGAGACUGUGGAUGCAUUACCUCAAGAGGCUGAUUGUGGAGAACCACCCAGCUUCACUACCACAGAAGGCGAGGCAGGUCCUGGGAGACAACAUCUGUCAAUCUCCUCAGUUCGAGCAGGAGCACCUGAAGAGGACCUCCGCCUCGCCACGAUUGGACGACUUUCACGCCUAUCACAGAGGCAGGCGCCAAUCAGAGCCACCAGAGCUCCUGAUGUACACGCCAGAGAAAUCCAGGAAGAGCCUCCCACUCCUCCUGGAGGGAAACCUGCCGGGGAGACGCAGCAGGAGACAGUCAGCUCCCGCCAAAGACAUCGAAGCCGUAUUUCACCCUAAAGCCUCUCUGAAGUGGAGUUCAGACAACACUCACCUCAACACCUGCUGCUACGUUGUCUUUGCUGCAGCGCAGAAGCUGCAGCUAUGGUCCAGGGCCGGGCAGUGCAGCUAUGGUCCAGGGCCGGGCAGUGCAGCUAUGGUCCAGGGCCGGGCAGUGCAGCUGCGGUCCAGGGCUGGGCAGUGCAGCUAUGGUCCAGGGCUGGGCAGUACAGCUAUGGUCCAGGACUGGGCAGUGCAGCUAUGGUCCAGGGGUGGGCAGUGCAGCUAUGGUCCAGGGCUGGGCAGUGCAGCUAUGGUCCAGGGCUGGGCAGUGCAGCUAUGGUCCAGGGGUGGGCAGUGCAGCUAUGGUCCAGGGCUGGGCAGUGCAGCUAUGGUCCAGGGGUGGGCAGUGCAGUGCAGCUAUGGUCCAGGGCUGGGCAGUGCAGCUAGGGUCCAGGGGUGGGCAUUGCAGCUAUGGUCCAGGGCUGGGCAGUGCAGCUAUGGUCCAGGGCUGGGCAGUGCAGCUAUGGUCCAGGGCUGGGCAGUGCAGCUAUGGUCCAGGGCCGGGCAGUGCACCUAUGGUCCAGGGCUGGGCAGUGCAGCUAUGCCGGCUGGUAGUGACGGGGAGUUGGCCCAGGCCGACAGUCUGGGCUCCGCAGGCAGCAGCAGCACAUUGGCCUCAUCAGUCAUCGAGGUGGAGCCGGGCUGCAGCCGGGAGGAAGAGCCGGAAGAAGAGGAGCUGCCUCCUCUCAGCCCCGCCCCCACUCUCUCCAUCACAGAGGAGAUCCUCGAGUUUAUCAACCAGAGCCGAGCUAGAGAGGGGCUGAACUCCAUCAAGACUGACACGGAGCAGUUCUCAGAUCUGCUGAUAGAGAACCAACCGGCAGACCAGACCAACUUCACCUCCCCGCUGCCUCCUGUCGCCUCCCCCUCGAGCCCAUCGCUGGGCCCCGCGGGGCAGCCGGCGCAGGACACAGACCAGAUUGUCACCAAAGAACACCCCCAUCAUCCGACCGGUGUCUCUCCGGGGGAAGAAGGACUCGGAGAUACUGAACAUCCAAACGGAGCCGAAGAAGAGUUGAACGAAAAGCCUCGGGAGAGCGAAAGGAUGGAUGAAAAGACAGAGGGCGCCGAGAAAAAACAAGAAGAAGAAAGCAGGGAAGAAGAAGAACGAGGCGACGCAGAGAGCACGACCCCAACGCCUCUUUCCUCUACUCCUCCGCCACUCCCCUCCCUCGCUCACCCCUCUAUCCCAGCAGAGGGACCGAGGGAGAGGGAGCGGGGCAACAGCGCUGACUUACCCGAGGAGAAAGAGAGGACAGAGACCACCUCUCCCAAAGCCGACCUCCUCCGGAGCAUGCCACCUCCCAAAAGAGCCCCCCACUUCAGCAGGAGCGACAAGAAGCUCAUCGAGAAGAUCCGUAGUUACUACGAAGCGGCGGCAGAGGCUGAGAAGUGGGUAGAGGAGGAAGAGGAGGAGGAGGAGGAGAGGGGAGGAGAACGGGAGGGCGCGUCGCCGCGGAGGCGCAACAGUUUUUCCCAUAUUCCUUUAGGUCUGGUGAGGGAGUCGGUGUCUCGCUUUGACGUUUGUCGACACCAGGGGGCGCCAGAGGGUAGCCGAUCUGAGACGAGGGCCAGCGAGCCGACCGACGGAGCAGUCGAGGCCUCCGUCUCUCUCUCUCCUCCCCUCUUUUUGGACAAACAGAGAGAGAGCGGAGUGACGGACACCUGCUUCGUCCAACCUGAGCCCUCCAUUCAAACACGGAGCCAGGGCGAUGGAUCGGGUCAGAACCGGCCAUCCAAAAGUGUUUGUUCAGCCUUGGAAGGGGAGAAGUGUUUAGAGGGAAAUGGAGAGACAUCCACGGGGCCAAUGAGAGAGAGAGACAGGGGAAGGUGGGAGGAAGGACAAGACAGGCAACUGGGUGGAAGUCCACCAGCCGGUUCUGCUCAUAAUGAGAAAAUAUCCAUGGAUGCAGAAGACAAGAACACAGAGGAGAUCACCGGACCAGAACAGAACCAACAAAACCCAGAAGAACCCAAAGAGGCAGAGGAGCCUGCUGAGGUUCCUCUUAUGGCAAACAAAGCCCAGUCUAGUUUGACCAGAACCAGAGCCAGAGCCAGAACCAGAGACAGACAGCUGGACAGCCCGGGCGGGAAGCUGGAGGUGCUCCCUGAUCAGAUCAAAGUGGGACACUGGUCCAGACACUCCAGGAUCGUCGCUGCUAACCGGGCCUUGUUUGAGGGUUCUGGGUCAGACGUAGCGGGUAUCGGGCUCUUUGAGGCCAGCCCUGUGGUGGAUCCGACGCUGAUGGAGAACUCGGAGCGGAUUCUGAGCAAGGUGCAGACCCUGGCACGGAUGUACGGCGCCAAAGCUGGCACCAUGAAGGUGCCACUGCACCAGAAACGGGCUAGUGUUGGUUGGAACCCACACUGGGCCUCGACUAGACCAGCAGGACAGAGACAGGACCACAUCCAGGCUCAGUGUCAUGCACAGAACCAAAAUAAAUACUGGCAGCCAACACAAAACGAGAACCAGUGUCAGAACAAGACGGACCUUAACGGACCUGCCAAAUCUCACCGUCACACUCGUCCGCAAGUCAGACAUGAAGCCAAAACACUUGCAGAUGCCAAAUUAUAUGAAAAUCAAACAUACACUCACACACACACACAAUAUGGAACACAAACACAUACACACGCCAAAACUCUGAACCAAAGUGUGGGACAAACCAGGAAUCAAACGCAGAACCAGGACCAGAACCAGGAACCAGAGGAAAAGAGGACAGAUGAGGAGGAAAGGAAGGAGGAACGGAAGAUUAACACAGCAGAGAUCUUUACAAGCGGUUACCAGGAGACGUCGGCGGCUCCCUGUGUGCCUCUUCUGUUUGGUCACGUGCUGAUCACAGAGCAGUUCUCCCCCGUCCACCAUCAGAUGAACGGAUAUUCCCUCUGCCAGCCGCGGGACAUCCUUUCUGCUCCACCCCAACAGCCGCGCUCCCCUCUGGGAUCCCGCUGCAGCGACGCCUCCCUGGCUUCUGCCACCACUGCUGGGGAGUGUCUCCCCCCUGAAACCCCCCCGACGUUCACGCCAUUAUCGGACCAGCACGCCGCCCCAUCUGAGGAGAUGAGGGGCGGCUCCAGCCUGGCGUCCCCUGCCGACGGUGGCCUGACGCCAGGCUCCACGUCCACCACAUGCACCCCAUCCUCCAGGCUCCCCAGUCAGACAGAGGAGGAGGAGGAGGUGAAUUACACAGAGGAGGCACAUUUAGAGGCUGAGGGGGCGCCGUCCACCAAGGUGGAGGUGAACAGUGGACGUCAGUUUUACUCCAUCAGAGAACACUCAUCCUCCGUCUCCACGAUGACCCCGUCCAACCACUCCGGGCCAGAUCUCUCCGCUCACAACCAAACACAAGUUGCACGGAUUCAUCGAGAUGUUCAAAGUGAACAAAACGAAAGACUUGUUCAAGAUAAUCAGGACACGCGAGAUGUGCCACUUGGUCAGACCAUUCAGGAGUUACAAGGUGAACAAUUUAAAGAAGAUAUUCAGGAUGUACAACAUUGUCAAAAUAACCAAGAUAUUCAAAGUAGUCAUGCUGUUCAAGAGAUGCAAGGACCUAAAGACAAGUUUUCCACAGGGGAUAAGCGUGGUGUACAAGUCACAGUAGAGGAACACAUGAUAGCCACAGAAUGCAGAAAGGAGUCUGAAGGAGGCGAGUCAAUUCUGAUGGCGGUCUCUGAUCAGACGCAGCGUCCAUCAGAGAACCCUGACCCAGACCAGGACCCUUACCUAACCGGUAUCCCGACCCAGACAGGAGCACCUCACCUUAGGGAACAAGGAGGUGCUGACCUCCUUGGUGUUUCUGCAUCGUCAAGGAGAGGGGAACCCCACAAGGAGGAGAUGUCACUGAAAGGGACGAAGGAGGAAGUGGAUAAGGACGACUCUUCGUGCCAAAUAAAGACGUCCCUUAGUAGUUCAACCAGUUCGGAACUGACACCUGACUCUGAGCUGCCGGGUGUCUCAGCACCUCCAGAGCAGCCCCCCACUCAGCCCUCGCACAUAACAUUUGAUGUCGCCCCAGCUUGUCAGAUGGGCAGCGAAGCCCCAGAGAUUUCUGAGGUGGGUGGGGGCGAGGUCGCAUCCGACACACAAUCAUUAGUUCAACUUGUGGAGCCAGACACUAACCCCGCAGCUCUCCCAAUGGCGCAGUUGAUAGACCGCCUCCAAACACUCACCAGCCAGAGACCAACCAACCUACUGACCACAAGGGGCAAGCAGACUCAGUCUAACACCUGGAUUGCAACAAAUGCCACGCCACCAGAACAAAGAGAACCACAGGACCUCUCUGUCCCGCCUGUUACUGCUUUCUCCUCCACUCGGCCCUGCACGGAGCUGCCUAGCGGCCUGGCCAGCAAUCUCUCCGGACCUCCCUCUGCAUUCAGGCCGAACCUCCAAAACCGAUCUCCUUCCCCAGUUGGUGCUUUCCCCUCCUCCUCCUUUGGGCAAGCUCCUCCCUGCUCCUCCCCAUUCAGAGCUACUCCUGCAUCCUCCCCCGCCCCCUUCUGUGACCAAAGAGUCAUCUCCCCUACAGCGGUUUCCAGGGCUAUUCCGUGUUUCUCCCCAACACCCCCCUCCUCUGGAAGGACUUCCUCUGUCAGAGCUGUUCCUCCCUCCUCCCCCACCCCCUCCUCCUCCUCCGCCUUCUCCAGGUCUCUGGCAGCAUCCUGUAUCAGCCAAUCCAUCAGCCAGUGUAUGACCAAAAAGAAUGCCAAUCGGCAACAAGCCACCCCCCUAAAUUCGGUGAACCGAGGCCCAUCCCUCUCCCCCUCCUUACCCUCCUCCCAUCUCCGUCUGCGCUCACCUUCCCCUAAAGUUGCUCUCAACCAGCAGGGCUCCAGUUCUGCUACCCAUGUCCAGCUGGGGGGCAUGAAGGACCGGUACCAGCAUGCGAGAUGCUCUCCUGCCCUUUCCCGCUCCUCUUGCCCCGUUCCAGUGCAAGUGUCUCACCCUCAUCAACCCCAGCACGUACCCUUACCUCAUCAGCCUCUCUCCAACUCCUCUUUUCCCUCUCCAUAUCACUGCAAACCAGAUGCCAUAUCUGACUCAUCACUCUCUGUGAACAGCAGCAACAACAACAACAACAUUAACAGCGGUUUAACCAUUUGCACAACUCCGAUCAACAGUGUGAAUCACCUCCACAGCAGCACUGAUGUUGACCUCAGAAAUGGAAGCUGGUUGGUCAGUCAAAGGAAGACGGGGCAAACUAACGGUAUUGGUAACAGCAUGGGAGCACAGCAUUCCCAUGAUCCUCUCUGGCUGGGAUCUCACAACCGGAUAGCACGGCCUUUUUCUGCGUCUGAACCCAAUUCACGAGUUCAGUCACCUUCUCCAUCCUCUUGCCCAUCUCCUGCCUCCUUCACUCGCCUCUACUCACCUCCUCUGCAGCACAAUUUCUCCUCGCCCAUGGCCAAUAAGCCUCCACACCCCCGUAACGCGCGGGCAGGAAGUGUAAGUUCUCAUAAUCCUCUGGGCCUCACCUUAGAACUGCCCCGAGCCUCCUUGGCGAGGUCUGCAACAGGGCCCUCCUCAUUCCCGAGUCCUCAUAUCCUCUCUCCUCCUCCUAUCGGUGUGUCGGUGAAUAGUUGGACAAAUCACAUCGCCAAACCUCAACCUCAGAAUGCCCAGCCUGCUCCCUCCUCUCGGUCUGCUUCUCUCAUUUCACCAGGAUGGGAGAACACUUCCUCCUCACUGUCUUACCUGCAAAGCUCCAGGGCCUCCUCCCCUUCUACUGCUGUUUCUGGCAUCUCCUCUUGCACCCAAACAACCUCCCAUAUGACCUCCCAAAAUCUUGGUAGAUUCCAUGGAAGCAGUCUGCCUUUCUCCACUAGCCUGGCGGACAGACCACCUAGUCCAGCCCAAAGAAGCCCAAGUGGACUACGCCGUUCCUGGGCAGAGAAUAGCCGGACAUCCACCAGCUUCGGAGGAACCCUAGAAGGCUCUUUUGAUCAGCAGCAGUCAGGUCUAAUAAGCCCUACAAGUGGAUGGUCUUCAUAUGGAAGCUCCCCAUCCUGCAUCAGCCCCAGGCCGGGCCUCCAAUCCCCACUGUCGCCCAGUCUCCCCACAGGGAAUGGCACCCUUGGUGGGCAACAUUUCACCAGCGUCCCUUGGCCAGAUGUAAAGGAGCUCUUGACCAAAUAUGAUGGGGCUGACCUCCCUGACAGGAGCAGAACCUCCCCUGCCUUCUCUCCAACUCAUUCCUCUUCAUCAGAACCUCCAACAGGGUGGGAUGACCCACCACCGGAGGAAGGAAAUUGCCGGAGUCAGCUGAUCUGUGCCUAUGUGGCUUGUCCAUCUGCUUCCCAAAACCCUGUCCCGCCACCAUGCUUAUCACUGGGCAGGACCUCCCCACUGCUUCCCAACCGCCAGCAGCAUCAGAGCUACCAACCGCAUUUCAAACCCCAGCCCACGUUCCAGACCUCCACCACACCUCCCUCACCUUCCUCCCCCCUCACAGCUCUAACCCGACCAGGGAAUCAGAAGACCAGCUAUGCCACCACCGUCAACCUCCAAAUCGCUGGAAGCGGCCGAAUCACCUCCUUCAGCACUGCCCAGGUCAGCCUUACCCAAACGUUGCAGGCUGGUGCCGGAGCAGCAGCCCAAGGAGCUGGGCCAGGAGUGAGGAGAGUAAGUAUCAAUGGACUAUCCUCGCCCUGCGCCUCCCCCUCUUCUCCCCCAGGACUGUAA